AUGCUGUUACCUCAAGUCCACAGCGUCCGCAUAGCAACCUUGGAUGAUUUGCCUCGUAUCGCCUUCGUGGCUGCAUCUGCCUUCUUCUGGUCCCCGACGUUCAGAUACCAGAGACCUCAUUACGGAGAAUAUCCGAAAGAUACGCUGGCUUCGUACUGGAACGAGUACGAGGAAUCGAUUAGAGAUCCUGCAUACGUUGUGCUCGUAGCCGAAGAUUUCAUCGAAACUGACGAAGCUGACCACGUUUAUGAGGCAUUGAAGUCUGCCUGCAGGCCAUCAACUCCGGGAAGGAAGGUGAUUGUUGGACUUUGCAGUGUUCUCCUGAAGCCAGGUUCUUCAUACACCGGACAUUUCCAGUCUACAAGUAAGCAUGUCAGAACCAUGACACCUCGGGCAGAGACGUUGAAUAUCUCCAGAUUCUCCAGAGAGCAUCCACCAAUUCAAGCACAUGGACUUGAAGCGAGAUCAAUGUGCCGACGCCACGAAGAUAUACCGAUCGGUCAUGGGCCCUCCCAAAUCUCGCUCCGGGAUACUGGCGUCGUGGCCAUGCUACCAGGCUUGUCAGCUUCUGUACCCAGCUCGCGGACCUGGACGACGCUCUCUUGUAACAAGGGUGUGUCUGCCACACCCCUUGGCGCACUACUUGUCGCGAAAGCUGGUUUUGAAGAGUGCGAAAUCGUGCGCAUCGAUCAAUCGCUGGUACACAGGGGACCAAGUGAGAAAUCGCCCAAUGCCGUGGCCGUCGAGCUUUGGCUUGGACUACGCUGGCCGUUCGGCAUGUCCAGCGGCAAUGCAAGUCAGUCGGCAUCGCCUGAAUGA